CUAUGUAACUUUCUAACGAGCUACCUCGGCGUGACCUUGAAAGCGGAAUUUUCAUAUUCUUUCCCUUAACCGGCGACGAUUAUCUUAUCGGGAACCGUGCUCGCGAUAUUGUUAACCGGUGAAUCGGUUAACGCGACGGACAACUGAAAUUUUCUACGUGCACGCACACACGUGCAAAUUGAUACAUAAUCGCGUUAUAAGCACUGGCUAUCGGUCACGUGAUUAUAAUGUGACUCCGUGUACGCGUCCCGAUUAGAAUGGACUUACGGCGCAGUAAUAUUAUUUUAUUUCAGAGAAUUGGAUGUAAACCAACCGUUUUUGGCACAAUUUGCAUAUGUUUCGCUUGACAGCCGGAAUAAUAGAAUUGUGCAAAUUUGAUUAGGGGCGAGACCGUUACACAAUUGCCCGUAUACGUCGCAUAAUGUCGAAUGCUCGUGAUAAAUAUAAUAAUCGUUUGCACGUUUUUUUUCUUUUUUUUUUAUUGUAGAGUUACUAAAUAUUGAAUAUUAGGUAAUGUUAGGCCAAGUGAACGUAAGUGAGAAUAUUAUUUUUCGUACGAUUCGGUGUAACAACCUCUCGAAUGAACUUUCCACCGGGAGCAAUGUGUCCGGGAAGUUUUCUGUCACGGAUGAAUCAUCGUACGCAUGAUGAAGGGAAUCCGUGAACGGAGAACCGUGUAGCAGAAGAUUCGCGGAUAUUUUCUUCUUAGAAUCUACGAGCUAGCGAGUUUCCGCUAAUCUCUCGAUCGAUAGAUUAAACGCGGAUCGAUCGGGAGUGUUUAACGGAUAAGUCUCUUUCUAAAUUGCAAAUUCAUUGUUGCGCAAGGUGCAGGAAUUUAUGAGUCAUGGAGGUCACACUGAUAAAAGCAAUGCUAGUGGGAAUAAGAAUGAAGUUGACAUGAAGUUAACAUUACAUGCUUUUUCUUAUAACUGUCCGUUAUGGUACAGUGAUACAACUGUAUUAAUGAGAUGACAUUUAUUGUUAAAUUAUAUAAAGAAGAGUAAUUAUUGAAUGUUAAAUUAUUAAAUAUUAUCAAUCAUGUCUACUGUGGAGGAAAUACAUAUUGCUGCAAUGGAAAAUGAACCCAUAGAUAACUUGUAUCUUGCACUGAUACAAUGCUUUGCUAUUAUAUUAUGCGGGUAUAUUGCUGGAAGGUUUGAUAUCAUUACAAAAACUGAAGGAAACGGCUUGAAUAUUUUUGUGGGAACAUUCGCUCUACCAUGUUUAAUUUUCACGUCGUUAGCCAAGCUUGACUUUACUUUAGUGAAUUGGAAAUUUUUACUUGCUGUUCUAUUAGCAAAAGGUUGUGUGUUUUUCACUGUUCUUGGUGUCUCUUUAUUCAUUAAAAGAACAUCAAAUCCAGGAUGUGCUGCCCUGUUUGCGAUAUUUACCACACAAAGUAAUGAUUUUGCUAUAGGAUAUCCUAUGAUUGCUGCAUUAUAUGGGAAAGUGCAUCCUGAAUAUGCUGCUUACUUAUACUUAAUGGCACCUAUAUCAUUGGCUAUCUUAAAUCCAGUUGGUUUCGUUUUAUUAGAAAUUGGUAAACGCAGAAAUGAAAACCAUAGAAGUUACAAAAACAUGAUUUAUUCUAUUGUUAAGGGGAUUGUGCUGAACCCAGUACUUUUUAUGACUGUACUUGGUAUAGUGGGAAAUCUUAUUUUUAGCCAUGUGAUACCAUGCGUCCUAGCUAGUGUUCUAGAUGUAUUUGGCAAUGCGUUUUCUGCCAGUGCUCUCUUUCUACUGGGUUUAAUGAUGGUUGGAAAGGUGCAUAAACUGAAGGGUACAGCUCUGGUUAUACCUGGCAUAUUGAUAUCAGUAAAAUUGUUGGUUCUUCCGUUAGUUAUAAGAGAGUCUAUUAUUCUCUUAAAUGCUGGAGAGAAUGCUACGGAUACUGAAGAUUUAAGUACAUAUGGAUUUUUAUAUGGAACUAUCCCGACAGCACCAGCUUUAUUCAUUUUUACUCUCCGAUAUAAUCUUGAAAUUGACUUGAUUGCAUCAGCAAUGGUUGCUUGCACAUUCUUAUCUGCUCCACUUAUGUUUGUGUCAGCAAAAGUAAUUGAUGCAGUUUCUGCUGGAAUUACACCAGCAAAUUACAUUCGUCAACUGAAUAUAUUUUCUUUUGAUGUGAGCAUUGCUUCAAUAACAGUUUGCGUAUGGUUGUUAAUUUGCUUUAUAGGAUUGGAAAGAAAGAAAUAUAAAUCUGUUACUCAUCGAUGUACAUUGUGUAUCGUAAUCGCACAGUUAGCUACAGCCAUAGGUGUGAUCAUCUGGACCAAACUUGAUUCGCACAGCAAUGGAUCAUUCUUGUGGUAUGUCCAGUUCAUUUUAAUAACUACUGGCGUUUACGCGUGUCGCAUCUGGACAAUGGCAACAGCAGCAACUUUAUUAUAUCUGAGUUCCCGAUCCUUGAACUUUGUGAAAAAUAUGCAAAAGUGGUUCUUCCCUGUUGGAUGGGGGGUUCCACUUUUAAUAACAAUUAUAAUGUGUAGUACAUUAAGUCCAAAGGAGAUAAUACUCGAUUUUAAGAAUCCUAACUUCCAGCUGGGUAGAAUUCAAGCAGCAACGUCUACUUUUAUAUUAAUAUUUUGCUUUAUAGUAACUUUGGGUUGUUUGAUUUUACAACAGAGAUAUCAACGCCGACACAUUUCAGCAUCUUACAGCAAUUUAGCAGAUAAUAUAGAGAACUCUACGGAUGAAGGGAUUGAAAGACACGUAGUAGAUGUUGAGGAUUUAGUUCCGCCUAGCUCCCGCACACCGAUUAUCGGUUGUGAAUAUCCGGAUGGUUGUCCAAGUGGGACGUGCAGAGGUAACAAUAACGAAAUCGACAACUGUGAUCUUGAGAACGAGCAAGACGCAACGGACGAUGCGCAAAUACUCCGACAUCUAGUAUUUCUCAUUUUACUCCUAUGCUCUAUGUUUAUCGGUUUAUCUAUAUCGAUUGGAACACUAAUUAUGGAACAAUUGACCGGAGUUUACGCGGAACUGACAUUCUUGGACGUCGCUUUGAACUUAGGCCAGUCAUUAAUCGCAUUUGCUAUCUUUGGCUUGGACCCUGGCCUAGGGAAAUUAGGCUAUUGGCUCAGAAAAAUUUGUCGAGAAUGGCGUGCUGGUAAGGAGUUGCAGCUGCCUUCUGAAGAUGAACUAAGCCCAGAGGCAAAGGCUAUUCGGGAGCAAUUUAAUCGUUGUCAUUUAGCUGAAUGCCGUGCUCGUAUUACAAUUUGCCGCAGACGCUUGUUAAAGAUAUAUAAAGGUGUUUUCAGUGGGACUGAUUUAGUUAAUUGGCUAAUCGAAGCUGGUGUUGCACAAACUAGAGAUGAAGCUGUUCGAUAUGGUCGUUGCCUAUUAGAAAGUAGAGUACUACAGCACAUCGAUGGUACCUACCACUUCAAUGAUGAAAAUGUAUUUUACACUUUUAAUGCCUAAAUCACGAAUAGGUUUCGUGAAUUGUAGAUCCUUUUUUUUAUAGUUCCUGUCUUAAUGUUAUUUAUUUUUUUAAAGCGUUAUAAGAUGGAAUAUUUUUGUAAAAAUAUCAUGAUUGCAUUAGACAUGUAAUUUUUUUUCAAGUCUUCGAGAUUAUUUAUUUACUUAAUAUAUCGUAUUAUUUUACUGUGAAAUUUUUACAUAUCUAAUGAUAGAUUUAUAUGUUGUGUGUGUAUAUAUACAUGUAUGUACACGUAUACGACAAUUCGUUGAAAUCUCUUGUAAAGUAUAUUCGAGGCUGUGUUACUGUUUCAUAUACUAAUCAUAAUACCUGACACGUGUAUUUCUUAUAAAGUUAGAUCAUUCAGAUGAAAGUGAUGUAGCUAUGUUACAACAAAUGCCAAAGAUAAGUACUAAUAUUUAACGUUCUAUUUUUAAAGGCUAAAAUUUUACACAACAUUGAACCUCCUUUUUGAGACUAGCACUUUGAAAAAUCUGUAUUUUUUACAAAAGCUGUUUUAAAGUUUAAAUGGCCAGUGUUCUACUGACGAAGAUGAUUUCUAACUAAUAUAAUUUGAAUGAAUGGAGUAUUAAUAAAAUUCAUGUAUGUCAAAUAUUCUUUAAAGGAACCUUUUAUUGGGCGAUUGUACGUACAGUAACAAAAUAGUAGACAUCUAUGUGGCUUUCAACAAAAUUGUAUAAAAUGCAAAACAAUUAUAAAAUAAAUAACUUUGCUUAAGAUAUUAAUAGCAUAAAUAUAAACAUACUAGGAGAGUGCAUUUUAAUAUCCCAUGAUGACUUGUCAAUGCAUUUCACAUAUAAAUUAGAUACA